AUCCAAACAGCCUUGCUAUCUUUAGGAUACUGCAUAACCUUACACUGUCUUAGGGGACAAUGGAUGCUCUUCCUUUAAGCAAACUGGUCGCGGUUACACGAUAUUGGCUGUCUUGUUACACAGCGACGGCUCUGUGUCAUGUACCAAAUGCAAAAGACAUUACAAAAGCCAUUCCACCUGCAAACAUACAUUUCUUGGUGCUGACCUAGCAUUGCCAUUCUGGCAUCCAGGAGCAGCGACCGUAUUAGCAAUAGUGACUGUGCAUUGCGCGUGGAGCCUUAUGGAGAAUACUCGGCAGCUAGUUUGCUCUGGCACCUGCACUUGAUAGCCAAAGCUUAGGCCCUAAUGCACCUGUGCGAUGACGGCCGGACAAUGUAUGCACAAGCCCUGGACAUGUAGCUUGGGACAGGUGGUGAAGAUGUGUCCAUUCUUAUGACAAUGGCGACCUUUUGUGCCCAAGCGACUGAUGUCUUCCUUCGCCAUCACAGGUAAGCUAGAAGCAAGUAGCAGCUCAGGUGGCAACGAAUCAGGCGGUAGCAGCUCUGGGGAUAGCAGCUCGUGCGGCAGCUGCUCAGGUGGCAGCGGUGCAGACGUCUGUCUCAGGCGGCUGCGGCUUGGGUGCCUAUGUGUUGGGUAGCAGCAGGGUAACUGCCCUGAGCAAGAACCGGGUCUUGUAAGUGUUUCUUUGCUGGCCCUCCUUCUGGACCGCACUGCCCCCCCCCCCCUCCUCCCAAUCCACUUUCGUACCUGCAGUGCAGGUGCAUAUGCCGUCUUUGCCAUAUGCCUUCCUUAUCUCUGCCCGCCACCACCCCAUUAGAUUGCUCUCCUUCUCCUUUCCUCACCACGAUUGCAUGCACGCAUGCUGUCUCUGCUGUGAGCCUGCCCUCUCCUUGCUUAGCUCGUCCUUCCCUGCCGCCACCCCCGCCGCGGAUUGCUCUCCUUCUCCUUCCCCCGCGCUUUUCCCUUCCUCCCUUUGACGCAUGCAUGCCUCCCCUCGUGCUGUAGGAAGCAUCGGAGGGCGGAGACAAGGAGCAUUUGGCCGCUAGCCCGCUAGCAGCCCCCGCAUGGAGGAAGCUUCGGAGGGCGGGGACAAGGAGCAUUUGGCCACUAGCCCGCUAGCAGCCCCCGCAUGGAGGUAAGACAACUUCGCAGACAGCUGUUUGUUGUGUAUGUCGGCGCUGCAUCCGUUUGUGCCGGCCCCAACCCUUCCUGCUGCCCCCAUGGCUCAAUCCUGCUGCACACUUGCCUCCUCUCUAGCCCGCCCUCUUACCCGCAGCAUUGCAUGCGCAUGUGCUGUCCCCGCUGCGAGCCUGCCCUCUCCUUGCUUAGCACGUCCUUCUCUGCCCGCCACCACCCCAUUACAUUGCUCUCCUUCUUCUUUCCUCACCACGAUUGCAUGCACGCAUGCUGUCUCCGCUGUGAGCCUGCCCUCUCCUUGCUUAGCACGUCCUUCCCUGCCGCCACCCCCGCCGCGGAUUGCUCUCCUUCUCUUUCCCCCCGCGCUUUUCCCUUCCUCCCUUUGACGCAUGCAGGCCUCCCCUCGUGCUAUAGGAAGCAUCGGAGGGCGGGGACAAGGAGCGUUUGGCCACUAGCCCGCUAGCAGCCCCCGCAUGGAGGUAAGACAACAUGUGCAGACAGCUCUUCGUUGCGUAGUUCGGCGCUGCAUCCGUUCCUGCCAGCCCCAACCCUUCCUGCUUUCCCCAUGGUCCAAUCCCACUGCACACUUGCAUCCUCCCUAGCCCGCCCUCUUACCCGCAGCAUUGCAUGCGCACGUGCUGUCCCCGCUGCACGUCUACCCUCUUUUUGUUUAGCGCGUCCUUCCCUGCCGCCACCCCCGCCGCGGAUUGCUCUCCUUCUCCUUCCCCCGCGCCUUUCCCUUACUCCCUUUGACGCAUGCAGGCCUCCCCUCGUGUUGUAGGAAGCGGAGGGCGGGGACAAGGAGCAUUUGGCCACUAGCCCGCUAGCAGCCCCCGCAUGGAGGUAAGACAAGAUGUGCAGACAGCUGUUCGUUGUAUAGUUCGGCGCUGCCUCCGUUCCUGCCAGCCCCAACCCUUCCUGCUUCCCCCAUGGCCCGCGCUAGCCCGCCCUCUUACCCGCAGCAUUUCAUGCGCACGUGCUGUCCCCGCUGCAAGUCUACCCUCUUUUUGUGUAGCGCGUCCUUCCCUGCCGCCACCCCCGCUGCAGAUUGCUCUCCUUCUCGUUCCCCCGCGCUUUUUCCUUCCUCUCUUUGACGCAUGCAGGCCUCCCCUCGUGCUGUAGGAAGCAUCGGAGGGCGGAGACAAGGAGCAUUUGGCCGCUAGCCCGCUAGCAGCCCCCGCAUGGAGGUAAGACAACAUGUGCAGACAGCUCUUCGUUGCGUAGUUCGGCGCUGCAUCCGUUCCUGCCAGCCCCAACCCUUCCUGCUUCCCCCAUGGUCCAAUCCCACUGCACACUUGCAUCCUCCCUAGCCCGCCCUCUUACCAGCAGCAUUGCAUGCGCACGUGCUAUCCCCGCUGCAAGUCUACCCUCUUUUUGUGUAGCGCGUCCUUCCCUGCCGCCACCCCCGCCGCGGAUUGCUCUUCUUCUCCUUCCCCCGCGCCUUUUCCUUACUCCCUUUGACGCAUGCAGGCCUCCCCUCGUGCUGUAGGAAGCAUCGGAGGGCGGGGACAAGGAGCGUUUGGCCACUAGCCCGCUAGCAGCCCCCGCAUGGAGGUAAGACAACAUGUGCAGACAGCUGUUCGUUGUAUAGUUCGGCGCUGCAUCCGUUCCUGCCAGCCCCAACCCUUCCUGCUUUCCCCAUGGUCCAAUCCCACUGCAGACUUGCCUCCUCCCUAGCCCUCCCUCUUACCCGCAGCAUUGCAUGCGCACGUGCUGUCCCCGCUGCACGUCUACCCUCUUUUUGUUUAGCGCGUCCUUCCCUGCCGCCACCCCCGCCGCGGAUUGCUCUCCUUCUCCUUCCCCCGCGCCUUUCCCUUACUCCCUUUGACGCAUGCAGGCCUCCCCUCGUGUUGUAGGAAGCGGAGGGCGGGGACAAGGAGCGUUUGGCCACUAGCCCGCUAGCAGCCCCCGCAUGGAGGUAAGACAAGAUGUGCAGACAGCUGUUCGUUGUAUAGUUCGGCGCUGCCUCCGUUCCUGCCAGCCCCAACCCUUCCUGCUUCCCCCAUGGCCCGCGCUAGCCCGCCCUCUUACCCGCAGCAUUGCAUGCGCACGUGCUGUCCCCGCUGCAAGUCUACCCUCUUUUUGUGUAGCGCGUCCUUCCCUGCCGCCACCCCCGCUGCAGAUUGCUCUCCUUCUCGUUCCCCCGCGCUUUUUCCUUCCUCCCUUUGACGCAUGCAAGGCCUCCCCUCGUGCUGUAGGAAGCAUCGGAGGGCGGAGACAAGGAGCAUUUGGCCGCUAGCCCGCUAGCAGCCCCCGCAUGGAGGUAAGACACAUAUGCGAACAGCUGUUUGUUGUAUAGGUCGGCGCUGCAUCCCUUCCUGCCAGCCCCAACCCUUCCUGCUUCACCCAUGGCCCAAUCCUGCUGCACACUUGCCUCCUCCCUAGCCCUCCCUCUUACCCGCAACAUUGCAUGCGCACGUGCUGUCCCCGCUGCAAGUCUACCCUCUCCUUGCUUAGCGCGUCCUUCCCUGCCGCCACCCCCGCUGCAGAUUGCUCUUCUAAGCACUCGUUCAUGCCACCCCUAUCUUGCACCUCGACCAGUACUGCUGCAUGCCUUACACCCUGCAUCAUUUAUGCAAGCUACUCUUUGCGGAAGGCCGCUUUCUGAGGUUCAACUCCUCCGUCGAGUACCGCAUGCAUACCAAACCCUCAUAGAUUGCCCGAUGUCCCACCAGCAAGCACCUGCCUUGCAUGAGCCACGUGUUGCCAGACAUGUGGCAAAAACGUUGCCCCUGUGGCAAGCCCUUCCACCUUGUUACAAGCCCUCCCCAGGUGUUGCGACACAGCCCCGGGUGUUGCAAGCCCUGCCUGCACCCCCCCCCUCCAGCCGCAAGUUGCAGCCUGGUGUGUGCGCCCAAGUCGUGUCUGAG